CUUUCGAGCAGACGUAGCUUGGCAGUGGGCAUCGAUAGCUGCGCUAUAAAACAUUAUUAAAUAAGGCACCUCGUAAUGCUGACGAGUACCGUGAUAAACCACCGGCGACAUGUCGGACUGCAGAAGCUCUCGGCGCUGGCGGCAAUCACACACUCGUCUCUGGGCCCCAACAAAAAGUUCAAGUUCAUCCGAGACGAAGCGAGCGGGGAGUCGGCGCUGGCGUGCUCGUGCGUCCGCGUCCUGGAGAACCUGGAGCUGACCUGCGGGGUCGGCCGGCUGGUCCAGGAGACGGUGCGAGCCCACCAGGAGGUCUACCGCACGGGGGCCGGCAGCCUGCUGUUCCUCGCCGGCGCGUGGAGCCGCGCCGCCCUGGAGUGCCUCCGGAGGGGCGUCUCGGUGACUCGCGUCGUCUCGGCGAUGUCCGAAGGGAUGGAGGCGUGCUCGGACGUGUGCGGGGAGUGCGGCGUGUCGACCGAGGGCCUCGGCGCGGCGUCUCCGGGGCUCCGCCCGCCGGAGAAACCCGCCGUCCCGCGAGGAGCCGGCGGUGGCGAGACUCUAAACGCCGCCGGGCGAAGGAAAGUGAAGCUCAGCAGACAUUCCUACGACGCCGUCGACGUGGCUCCGCCUCCCCGGCCCGAGCGCCCCGACGUCGCGCACCUCGCCGCCGGGCUGAGUCACGGUUGCGUCGACGCCAUGAAUUUAGUCGUCGAGGCCGUCCGGAUGCAGGCGGAGGUCGGCCCGCGAGGCGCCGGCGGCCGCGCCGCGUUCGACGUCGCUAACGUGGCGACGUGCGCGCUGCCCGGCUUACCGGAGGAUCGCGCGUGCGUCUUACCGGGCUGCGUCGUCCUCGUCUCUGACGACCGGGCUGCGGUCGCACGCCACUUGAAGGGCCGCCGCCUGAAGGUGGCCCUGAUCACCGGGGAUUUAUCGCCCGCCUAUCGCCACCUCGGCUUCCAGCGGCCGAGGGGCGAGCGGCGCGUGCGCGACGGCGCGCGCCUCGCGUCCGGCGCGAGCGACGAGGAGGCGUGGCUGGAGGAGACGGAGAGGCGCCUGCUGGACCUGGAGGUGGACCUGGUGGUCGUGGGCGGGCUCGCCGACGAGCGGGCCGUCCGCCGCUGCUGCCGCCGCCGCAUCCUGGUGGUGGACGGGGCGAAGGCCGCCGUCUCGAAGGCCCUGGCGAGCGCCACGGGCGCCGUCCCGGUGGCCUACGCCGCGCAGCUGACUCGGCGCUGCGUCGGCGUCGGCGCCGAGGCCGCGGUGUGGCGGGAGGGGCGGGCCUCGACCGCCGUGAACAUCUCCGCGGGCGCGCUGGUCACCGCCGUCCUCACGAGCCACGUGGACGCCAAGCUGCAGGCCCUGGAGGACCGCUUCUGGGCGUGCGCGUAUCGCCUGCACCACGCGCUGGACGGCGGCGUCGUCCUGCCCGGCGCCGGAGUCACGGAAAUGCUCUGCGUUCGUCGGCUCGAAAAGGAGGCGGAGCUCUGCGACGAGUCGGCGGCCGACCCGUACCGGGGUCUGGUGCUGCGCCUCAUGGCGGACGGGUUCGUCGAUUACGUCGCCACCGUGAUGGUCAACACGGGGACGUUUUCAAAGGCCGGCGCCCGGACCGCGCUGAGCCGGCGACUUAAGGCGUGCGCGGGAAGUCCGGGCGCCGCGGCGCACUUCUCGCGGCUUUUCUCGGAGGACGGGGAAGCUCGCGACGCCCCGGCGGCGCGCGUCUACGACGGUCUGACCGUGAAGCGGGAAGCGUGGCGGAGGGCCCUGGACCUGGUCCUUCUGGUCCUGCAGACGGACGCCGAGGUCAUCACGGGCGUCGACCCCGAGGCCGUCGGCGGCGCCGAGGGAAACCUGAUGCUGCUGUGACCUCCGCGCAACAUCUGGAACGUUUUGACUGGACGCAAGUUUCCCAAAAAGUUAAUUCGGACUUCUCACGCAUUCAAGAUAUGUGGCACCAAGUUAAAAGAGAAUAAAGUGUUUGUAUUGUU